ACUGUCAAAAAUUAAAAAUAAAUAAUAACCUAAAUUUAUGAAAAAAUAUUGUUCCGCGUAAUUCAGUUCGUAAUUAAAUAAAUUUUACAUACUGUAUAACACUGAUAAAGUGUACAGUCCAAAAAAACACAUCAAAAUGUUGCUUCCAAAGAACAUUCACCGGAAUUUUAUACUGUCUAUAAAAAUGAUCAAAAAUUCGAGAUUGAUAGUUUGUAGCCGUAAUUUAAGUACAGAUUCGAAUGCGCAACAUAAAAUCAAAGACAAAUACGAUGUAAUCGUUGCCGGCGGUGGAAUGGUUGGAUGCACUAUGGCUUGCGCUUUAGGAAAGAACUCAAUACUUUCUAAUUUAAAAGUGCUGUUACUGGAGGGCAGUCCCAGUCCGAGGUUUAAUCUAAACCCUGAAUAUAGCAAUCGGGUAGUAGCAUUGAGUCAGAACACAAAGACUUUGAUGACCUCUCUUAAGGCCUGGAGACAUGUGGAGGAUAUGCGUCUGCAGCCUGUAAGACAUAUGCAAGUGUGGGAUGCCUGCUCUGAUGCCCUGAUUACAUUCAGUAGUUCCGAGAUCUUAGAUGACGAUGUAGCAUACAUAGUAGAAAAUGAUGUGUUACAACAUGCUGUAAACACUGAACUGGCUUCUCCUGAUGUAAAGAAUGUGGACAUAUUAUAUGGAGCCAAAAUCUCCGGGUAUGAGUUAGCGAAGAACAAUAAAAUGGAUAGCUUGGUGACUAUGGAGAAUGGAGAUUGUUAUUCCUGCAAAUUAUUGAUCGGCGCGGACGGGGCCAAGUCUGCCGUGCGAGAGGCUAUGGGGGUGCAAUACCUGUCGUGGAGCUACGACCAGAUGGGCGUCGUAGCCACAUUGGAGUUAGCUGAGGAAACUGAAAAUACAACAGCAUGGCAGCGGUUCCUCCCCACUGGCCCCGUGGCGUUAUUGCCCCUCAACACCAGACAGAGCUCGCUAGUGUGGUCCACCAACGUGGAACACGCGAAGCAGCUGCUGCAACUGCCCGAGGAACAGUUCGUCGAUGCACUGAACGAUGCCUUGUGGAAGCAAUACCCCCGCAGCGGGACCGUAGACACCAUGACGUCCUGGCUAAGCUCGUGCCUGAAGAACCUAGGUCUCCCGGACGGCACAGCCCGACAGUUGCCUCCUUCAGUCCGUGAGAUCGCGCCGAAAUCGCGAGCCGCCUUCCCUCUAGGGUUUGGGCAUAGCACUCGGUACAUAGCUCCCGGUGUCGCACUUAUAGGAGACGCGGCGCACCGCGUGCACCCGCUGGCGGGGCAGGGCGUCAACCUCGGCUUCGGCGACGUGCGCGACCUCGCGGCGCACCUCUCCGACGCCAUCUACACUGGACUAGAUAUAUGUGACAACUCCUGGCUAGAGAAGUACGAGACGUCCCGCCAACGGCACAACGUACCAACACAGUUAGCAGUGGAUGCGUUGCACCGGCUGUACAGCGUGGAGCUGCCGCCGCUGGUCCUAGCGCGGAGUCUCGGCCUGCAGCUUACUAACGCGCUGCGCCCCGUCAAGAAAAUGAUCAUGUCGCAUGCCACAACGUAAGCUACCAAAGAAAAGCGUAUCUCAAACGGUGCACGGCAGAAAAGGCUGAAAAAAUAUGAUUAAGGGUGUUUGAAGAGUUUAAUAUGGUUUAGUAAUUAGUAGGCUAUACUAUAAUAUAUCAUAGUUAAGAAUUUGUACCUGAAGUGGAUGUGUGCAAUGUUUAAAUAACCCGUAAAUUUUGCAAUAGUGGACUGGAAUACAAUAUGUUUUGAGAAAAUUUUAAGAAGGACACUGUAAUUAAUACUAAUAAUAAAGUGUGUCAUUACUGGCGUGUUAACGUUCAAAAGUAACAAAUUUGUCAGUGAAUAUUUCCAUAAUUUAGUUUCCUGAAAGUAAAGGUCUCAUUUUGUUGUUGAGUAUUAUAAUUUUGGUGAAAUCUAAUCAGCAGUUUCCGAUUGUAAUGUAUUUU